ACACAGACGAAGACGAUUCACACCCCCCAUUUGCUCAACAUUUGUCUCCUCUCUUCUCUGUCUCCUGUGGGACUGUGUCUCUUAUCUUUCUUUUAUUCUUUUAUUCAGAGAGAGAGAGAGAGAGAGAGAGAGAGAGAGUUGGUUUGAUCUGAGGAAAUGGCUGUAGAUCCAAGGCAGGUGUUGGCUGGUUUCUUGACAAUCACCAUGUUUGUAAUGCUCGGUAACAUGAUCAAGCGCGACCAUUUCGAUUCGCCCAAAACCAACCAUUCGGAAGAACCAAGGGAGAAUUAUGAUAAUGUCAAGUUUACAGAGCACACCACUGUUACACAUGCUAGAGCAAGUAAUGGGCCUUGGAAGGAGGAUGGCCUGGAUCUGAAACCUUGUUGGACAAAACCCGGUUUGGAAGAAGCAACACAAACAGACGGUUUCGUCACCUUCUCAUUAACCAACGGCCCUGAAUAUCAUGUCUCACAGAUUGCUGAUGCUGUUGUAGUGGCAAGAUAUCUAGGAGCAACUCUUGUACUGCCGGACAUAAGGGGAAGUAAACCGGGUGAUAAAAUGAACUUUGGAGAUAUUUAUGAUGUUGAGAGGUUUGUAAAAAGCUUGCAUGGGGUGGUCAGAGUCGCUAAAAAUCAGCCUGACGAAAUAUCAUCCCGUAACUUAGCAGUUGUGAAGGUCCCUAAUCGAGUUACUCAAAGCCACAUUGCUGAACAUAUUGAACCAAUUUUUAGUACAAAGGGCAAUCUAAGGCUGGCAACAUACUUUCCUUCGGUGAAUAUGAGAAAGACUGACCAAAAAGGUAAAAUCGAUUCUGUGGCGUGCUUGGCAAUGUUUGGAACUCUAGAGCUACAACCAGAGGUUCAUGAAGUAGUUGACUCGAUAAUUGAGCGGCUAAGAACAUUAAGUCGGAAGUCAGAUGGUCGGUUCAUAGCUGUGGACUUGAGGGUUGAGAUGUUGGAGAAAAAAGGUUGCCAAGGAUCUAGUGGAACAAAAAGCUGUUACAGUCCCGAGGAGAUAGCACUAUUUUUGAGGAAGAUGGGUUUCGACAAGGACACCACUAUAUAUUUGACCCAAUCAAGGUGGGAUAGCAGCCUUGAUACUCUGAAGGAUUUCUUUCCGAAAACUUAUACAAAGGAAGGCAUUAUGCCAGUGGAUAAAAAGGACAAAUUUCUCGACUCAGACACUACUGAAUUCGAGAAGGUUAUUGACUUCUACAUUUGUUCUCAGAGUGAUGUUUUUGUUCCCGCCAUCUCAGGCCUGUUCUAUGCUAACGUAGCCGGUAAGAGGAUUGCUUCUGGCAGGACUCAGAUCCUUGUUCCUGCAAAUGUUCACGGUUCUGCUUCUGCAUCAGAUUUCAUAUCCCCGUACGUCUCAAAGAAGAAUCACUUGGCCUACUCUUGUUUCUGCUAAACUCUUCAAGUGAAGGAAAAUCCGAAUAGAGCGAUUAAAGGAAUGUCUUGAUAUACUCAUAUUUCCAAUUUACCUUAAUCAAGGGUUUUUCUACAGCAUUCAUACUCUUCCAUUUGUGACCUUAGUAGCCACUCAGAAAUCACUUGAGAUUCUUCAAGUGGACAAACUCUUUGAAGACAUAAUGGUUAAUUGUUGCUGUUGCUGUUGCUGUAUGUAUUUUUAAUUCAUUGUAACAACUGCUACAUUUUCAGAAUUUUUUAGAUUGCUUCGAUGUAAAAGUUACUUUAUCGAUUGCUCGAAUUGUUUCCAUA